AUGGCUUUCCUAGGUUCUCGGAAACAGAAGAACAGUGAUGAACUCCGAAUCAUUUUGGUGGGGAAGACCGGAGCAGGGAAGAGCGCAGCAGGGAACACCAUCCUGGGGAGAGAAGCGUUCCAGUCGGAACUGUCGGCUUCUUCCUGGACUUUUCAAUGCAAGGCAGCUGAGGGAGAGGUCGGAGGUCAAAAAGUCACUGUAAUCGACACUCCGGGGCUAUUUGACACUAAUUUCACCCAAGAAGAAGUGUUGAAGAAGAUAAAGACGUGCAUGUCGCUGUCUGCUCCUGGUCCCCAUGCCUUCCUGGUGGUUCUCCAGCUGGGCAGGUUCACCAGGGAGGAGAAGGAAACCAUCGAGAUACUUCAAAGUACUUUUGGUGAGCUGGCAGCUCAAUACUCAUUAGUGCUGUUCACACAUGGAGACAAACUAAAGAAACAAACUAUUGAAAGCUUCAUUUCAAAGAGUGAAGAUCUCAAAGAGCUUAUUCACAUCUGCUACGGGAGAUAUCACGUCUUCAACAACCUAGUGACGGACCGGGCACAGAUCGAUCAGCUCCUGGAGAAAAUAGUCAGAAUGACACAGGAGAAUGGAGGGCACUACACCACAAAGAUGUUCAGGAAAGCCAAAAAGGCCUCAAAGAAAGAGAAACGCAGACUUUCAAAGGCGCUGAAGGCAGAAGAGAAACAGAGGAGAAGUACCCUGGAGGCUGAAGUUUUAGAAGAAUAUGAACAAGAAAUU